AUGAUGAUUAAUGAUGAUGUAUUAGAGAUAUUAAAGUAUUUUGAGAUUGAUCAAAAUAUAGGUUUCUUACUUCCGAAUCCAUUAACAAAACUUCCAAAAAAAUUUGAGCCAUGGCAUCACAUAGCCGAUGAAAUUCAAGAAUUAAUAGAAAAUCAUAUGUUGGAAGAUCGAUUACAACAAGUUCCAGUGAUAACCACGGAUACACUUAAAACAAAUAAUGAAUUACGCUUAGCCCAUCUUUUGUUGACCACCUUAGCAGCUGGAUAUGUUUGGCAAGACGGACCUGAUAAGGCUCGAUUAAUCGUUCCAGCAAAUAUUUCACUACCGCUGUUCGAUGUAUGCAAUCGUUUAGGUUUGAAACCGAUAAUUUGUCAUGCAUCAGCCUGCCUAGCUAAUUGGAAACCGAUAGAAGGGAUGACAGUUUUUAAUGCUGCAAUGAUUGAUAUCAUUACUUUCCGAUUUGUUCAGCAUCCCGGUAAUCGAUGGUUUUUUACGCUUACUGCUCAGAUAGAAGCUGAAUUAGCUGAAGCAAUAUGUGCAAUUACUAGCGCAUGUCUACAUGGCAAAAUUGAAGAAUCUACAAUGCAACACAUUUAUAAUGCGGUGACAAAAGCGACAAGUACCAUUCAGUGUAUGGAGGAGCACGUCCCACCAGAUAUUUUCUACAAUGGUUUUCGUCAUUUUCUAUCCGGUUAUACCCAAAACGCAUUGGCAGAACAGGGUGGUGUUAUAUUUGAGGGAAAAGAAAAUUUGGGACCUCAACCACUUAGUGGAGGUUCAGCAGCACAAAGUUCAACAUUUCAUGCUAUUGAUGCAUUCCUUGGAAUCAAGCAUGCACAUGAUGUAGAAACAUUUUUGGCACAUCAUCGUGAAUACAUGCCACCCAAGCAUCGUCAAUUCAUUGCUUGGGUUCGCGAAAAUGUUGCUAAAAUUCCAAAUCUACGAAAUGUUUCCGGUUAUGGUGAAGCUCUCCUUGCUGUCAAGAAAUUUCGAGAAGUACAUAUUAGCGUGGUAACGAAAUUCAUUGUUUCACCAGCAAAAGGGAAUUCCAAAAUAGGCACUGGUGGUUCAUCAUUUAUGCGUUUGUUGCAUAAUAUUGCCAGUGAUUGCAAUCUAUAA